AUGGAUUCCGAUGAGAUAGUACCUCCUGAGGCUUCUCAGAAUGUUUUACCAGAGAAAGACCUGGACGAGAAGUACCCCAACCGCCCGCAUAACCGCGCCCCGACACUUGCCUUCCACGAGCUAUACCUCGGCCUAUUCAACCCCCUGAGCGAGAUCAAAAAGAAACCCACGGGGCCAGCACCGGCCCGUCGAAAAGUUGGGCCGCAAGGCAAAGACUCCGCGAGCCUCAAUCCGUUCGAGCGCCGGCGUGAUGUCAUCGAACGAUUCAUCUCGCGAUGGCGCAAAGAAGUCGGCGACGACAUCUACCCGGCCUUCCGACUCAUUCUGCCUGAUAAAGACCGGGACCGACCCAUGUACGGAAUCAAGGAGAAGGUCAUUGGAAAGAUGCUAGUAAAGAUCAUGAAAAUCAACAAAGAGUCGGAGGACGGGUACAAUCUACUGAAUUGGAAGCUGCCGGGCCAGACCGCUGCCACGCGCAUGGCUGGCGACUUUGCCGGCCGGUGUUACGAUGUCCUGUCCAAGCGUCCCAUGCGCACCGAGCCCGGUGAUAUGACCAUCGCCGAGGUCAACGACAAACUGGACAAGCUCUCUGCGGCCUCGAAGGAGGACCAGCAGCUGCCGAUUCUCGCGGAAUUCUAUCGACGCAUGAACCCCGAAGAGCUCAUGUGGCUUAUUCGCAUCAUCCUGCGCCAGAUGAAGGUCGGGGCUACGGAGCGCACGUUUUUUGAUGUGUGGCACCCCGACGCUGAGAACCUGUACAGCAUCUCCAGCAGCUUGCGCCGUGUGUGCUGGGAGCUGCACGAUCCCAAUAUCCGGCUCGAGGCCGAGGAUCGCGGGAUUUCUUUAAUGCAAUGUUUCCAGCCGCAGCUGGCUCAGUUCCAGAUGCAUUCGUUCGACAAGAUGGUUGCGCGCAUGCGACCAACCGAGGAGGAUCGUGUGUUUUGGAUUGAAGAGAAGCUGGACGGAGAGCGCAUGCAGCUUCAUAUGGCGCCCGACGAGUCGGUACCUGGUAGCCGGAGAUUUGGGUUUUGGUCACGCAAAGCCAAGGAGUAUACAUAUCUCUAUGGAAACGGCAUUGAGGACGAGAACGGUGCUCUGACAAGGCAUCUUAAGGAUGCCUUUGUGGACGGCGUACAGAGCCUCAUUUUGGAUGGCGAGAUGAUUACCUGGGAUCCCGAGCAAGAUGCUCCCGUUCCUUUCGGCACGCUGAAGACUGCGGCUCUGGCAGAACAGCGUAAUCCCUUUUCGAAUGGGCCUCGACCUUUGUUCCGCGUGUUUGAUAUGCUCUACCUCAACGGGCGCGACCUAACCAAAUACACUCUCCGUGAUCGCCGCAAUGCCCUGCAGAAGACUAUCCGCCCGGUUCAUCGCCGCUUCGAAAUCCACCCGUACGAAGAAGCCACCACUACUACGGAAGUUGAGACAUCCUUGCGCAAGGUGGUUGCCGAGGCUUCAGAAGGUCUUGUGCUGAAAAACCCGCGCUCUCCUUACCGACUAAACGAGCGUCACGACGACUGGAUGAAAGUCAAGCCAGAGUACAUGACCGAGUUCGGCGAGUCUCUAGAUGUCGUCGUUGUCGGCGGAUAUUUUGGUUCUGGUCGUCGAGGAGGCGCAUUGUCGAGUUUCCUGUGUGGCCUCAGAGUUGACGAUGCCCAUUUUUCUCAGGGCGAGAAGUCUAUGAAAUGCUGGUCCUUCUGUAAAGUCGGCGGAGGAUUUACUGCGGCUGAUUACCAGGAAAUUCGACAUCACACGGACGGUAAGUGGAAAGAGUGGGAUGCAAAACGACCGCCGACUGCAGUUGUCGAGCUAGCUGGGGGCGAUGCCCAGCACGAGCGUCCCGAUAUGUGGAUCAAACCCUCUGAUUCGGUCGUGCUUUGCGUGAAAGCCGCGUCUGUGUCUGUCAGCGACCAGUUCCGCAUGGGACUGACCUUGCGCUUUCCUCGCUUUAAGAAGCUGCGCAAGGACAAGAACUGGGAGUGUGCUCUUUCGGUCCAGGAGUUCUUGGAUCUCAAGUCGAAUGCGGAGCAGGAGCACCGCGAUAAAGAGUUCUCCGUGGAUAACUCUCGGAGGAAGCGAGUCAAGAGAACUACUAAGAAGCCGCUGACUAUUGCCGGGUAUGAGGAGAAGGACAGUACACAGUAUCUGGGACCUUCGGGCCAUGUGUUUGAUGAGCUGAACUUUUUCGUUUUGACCGAGUCUACUAUGCCAGAGAAGCGAUCAAAGACUGAGCUCGAACAGCUGGUGAAAGCCAAUGGCGGCAAAAUCUACCAGACCAACACUGCCGCCCCGGAUACUAUCUGCGUCGCCGAACGAAGAACGGUAAAGGUAGCUUCGUUACAAAAGAGCGGCCAGUCGAAUAUCAUCCGUCCGUCAUGGCUCCUUGACUGCGUCUCGCAGAACACGAAGGAUGCAGGAUUACCUGACUUUCUUCUCCCGUUUGAACCCAGACACAUGUUCUUCGUGAUGGAAGACAAGAAAGAUGAAAUUACUGGGAACGUUGAUCUGUUCAUGGACAGCUAUGCCCGUGAUACGACAGUUGACGAGCUCAAAGACAUCCUCAAGCAGAUGGAACAGAAACAGGAACCAACAAACCAAUCCCUCGAUGCCCAUGCAGCGCAAAAGGUCGAAGCCCAUAUCCAAGAGAAAAUCGACGCGGGCUACACUGCGCCCUGUGGCUGGCUAUUCCGCGGCCUAACACUGUUCUUCCCCUCGCCAUCAAAGCCCCGAAAAACACACUGCGACGAAGGGGACAUAUCCGGCUACGAUGCGGCGAGCAUGGAAGAUCCUCGUCUACGUCUAGCUCGCAACACCGCUCGAUUCGCAGGCGCGCAGAUUGCUACCUCGCUGAACAGUUCAAUUUUGACACAUGUUGUUGUCAACUCGGAGUCUGUGUCAUCAGCAGAUAUCUCUUCUCUGCGAGGAUCGCUGGCUGCGAGGCUGGGGAAAAAGGUGCCAUAUCUGGUUGGGCUGGGGUGGUUGGAGGAAAGUUGGGACAAUGGGACGCUGCUGGACGAGGAGAGAUUCCAGGUUCGAUGA